AUGGCUAAUGAAAAUAAAUUUAUAGAUCUAAGUGGAUAUGAUGUCGUUUCUUAUAAAGAGGGAUAUAAAUUCAGCAUAGAUUUAAAUACAGUUAAUACAUUUAUAACUUAAGCCCCAUUAGAGGAAUAAUCAAAGGAAAUUCGAACACAAGAGGUUCAACUUAUCUAUUAAUGCAAACAAGGUGGUAUUCAAUAAAUUGGGCAAAUAAUCAUUUUUUGGCCAUUCAUGAAAGAAAUUCAUAAAGUUUUAUACCAGAUAGACUAAUAAUUCUCAAAGAAAAGAAGGAUCAUGAAUACUGAUACAAGAAUCCAAAUUUUAAAUAAAUUUGGAAUCAAAUUAGAUUAAAGAGUCAAAUAUAUUAUAUUUUCAUUUGAUUGA